GGCUCAAAGAGAUGCGUGGCACCUUAGCCUUUCGAGCAGCCAGGUCCUUGGCCACGAUGCCCGCCCCUGCAGCUCCGCCCAUGAGCACCAUGCUGACACCGCUGCCUGCGGGGUCAGGUGAACCCUUCCCGGCCAGCGAGCUGGUGGCCAAGGGCCCUGCCGUGGUCUACGCCUUCCGCCGCCCGGGCUGAGGCAUGUGCAGGGAGGAGGCCAAGGAGGCCGCGGCCCGCUUCGAUGACUACAAAGCUGCUGGCGCCACUCGGGUGGUCGCACUGGUGAAAGAGGACUUGGAGAAGGAGGUCGAAGAGUUCCAACGCGAUUAUUGGACUGGAGAAGUGCUCAUGGACAAGGAAAACAACUUUUACAAAGCCUUGGGCGGCGGUGAUGUGUGGCAGCCGGUGGGUAUUUUGGGCUUCCUGGCGGUCAUGCUCAAUCCGUGGAGCACAAGCAAGUUGAAAGCCAACAUCAAGCGCAACCAAGCGAAGAAGGUGCCCGGAAACAUGGUGGGUGAAGGCUUCAUCGCUGGCGGCUGCUAUGUUUUGAACAAGUCAGGCGAUCCGGUUUUCUCCCACCUCGAAGAGAACUUUGGGGACCAUGCCAAGCCAGAGGACGUUAUCCAAGCCUUGAAGAGUGCCGUCUAGGCCGCUUAUUCGGCGCUUUGACGCUGGAUCACGUGUGGUGCAUCCUUUAGCGCCCAUGGCCAGCAACGGGUCUUUCGUGUCCAGCGACGGGUUGAGCAGGCCUGGCAGUUUUCGCUGGGUUCCUGAUCAGUGACGCAGAGCUACUGAGGUGGCGUUUGCUGAGAUUCAUCAGGGAGCCUGGCACCUCCAUGGAGGACACACCAGACCAGCAAUCGUUGUGCAGGAGCUGUUGAGUGAUGUGUUUUGUUGUGUGUGUGCGUCGGUGUGAGGGUUCCGC